UUUCGGCUGCUCGCGCCGGCGGCCCGCAGGCAUGGCGACUGCAGGCAGUGCGGCGAACCGCAGGGACCCUGGACCCUGCCCUUUCUCCAUCGAGCGCAUCCUCUCCAGCCUGCCUGAACGUAGGCCCGCGGCGCGGCCACCGCAGCCCGUCGGUGGCCAGAACCUCGCUGAGCCGGACGAGCCCGAGGCGCCUGCGGCCGCGGCGCCCUGCACCUGCUGCUGCUGCUGCAGUCCGCGAGCAGCACCGCGCGGAGCCGGGGAGGCGGUGUCCGGACCCGGCUUGCGGCUAGCGUGGCCGCUGAGGCUGGCACCGGCGGCGCCCUCGCCCCUGGCGGCGCCGAGCGCAGGCUCGCCGGCACUGACAGGCACGAGCGGCCCGGGUCCGCAGCGACGCACGCGGCGCCACCGUACCAUCUUCAGCGAGGAGCAGCUGCAGGCGCUCGAGGCGCUCUUCGUACAGAACCAGUAUCCCGACGUGGGCACGCGCGAGCGCUUGGCGGUCCGCAUUCGCCUGCGGGAGGAGCGCGUGGAGGUCUGGUUCAAGAAUCGCCGGGCCAAGUGGCGACACCAAAAGCGUGCUUCAUCAUCGAGGCUCCUGCCUGGAACCAAGAAACCUCCCAAGGAGAGCUGUUGA